UCAGUGUCAAAAACUGUGGUGUUGACUGUUGACUGGUUUGUUUUGAUUUUUUUAUAAUUGCAAAGUUUCAUGUAGGUUAUUUCAAUAUUAAAUUAGGAUGCUAUAAAAAAGCAAAUACUUGAGGAUUAAGUAAAUUAUACCGAAAUCAAAAUGUUAAAUAUAAAAAAUUACGGUAGCAGUUCCGAGGACGACUCAGAUAACGAGGAAACAAACACGCCAGAAGGCACCAGCAAUGAAACGUUGCUUACACAUUUGAAACCUGUUGAUCCCAGUAUAUCACUCGCUAAGAAAAUGGAAAUAUGCGCUGCACCACUCGUAACACCCACUAAUAAUGAAGACUCAAGAGUCCUAGUAAGCAAUACCCAGGAAUUAAUGCACAAUCCAAAAUAUGAAGAGCUCUUUGCUCCAACAUAUGGCCCUGAGAACCCUUUUCAAACACAACAGAUGAAAGCCAGCAGAAACAUGCUCGCAGGCUAUGUGGAAAAGGCUCAUAUCAGUGAAUUCCAGUUUGAGAACCAGAGACGAACAUUUACUAGUUACGGUUACGCUAUAGAUCCUUCUACUGAACCUAUAGUGGAUGAAAAAGGGGAUGCUAUUGUUGUGUCAGCAAUGAUAGCACCGCCAGUGGAAGCCGAGGGUAAGACUGUGUUUGAAAGCAUAAAGAAGAGGCCCCUGGACAAGAAGAAGAGGAAUCGGAAUGACAACCCGGAGGACGUCACGGGCUUCCUGGGGCCUUGGGGCGGCUAUGAGGGCGAAAGGAGAGUAAUGAAACCAGAGGGUGACGAAGCCAAGGAAUUAGAGGAAAUACUGGCAAAGCGACAGAAAAAAGGCAAAGUUGAUGACGACAAACCACUGGAAGAGAAGUCUAUACUACACAUCGACAAAGCCACUGACUACUUGGGUCGGUCGUGGAUCGAGGCUCCUAGAAGUGAAACACAACUACGGAGUGACACACCCCCCGACAAGUGUUUCUUGCCAAAGGCACACAUCUUCACGUGGAAAGGUCACACAAAAGGAGUGGCUGCAGUGCGCUGGUACCCGGGAACUGCACACCUCAUGCUCUCCGCUGGCAUGGACUGUAGAGUUAAGAUCUGGGAGGUGUACGGGUCGCGGCGCUGCGUGCGCACGUACUUUGGCCAUCGACAAGCCGUGCGAGACGUCAACUUCAACAACUGCGGGAAACAGUUUCUCUCUGCAGCCUACGACCGCUACAUAAAGCUAUGGGACACGGAGACGGGCGAGUGCAUAUCGCGCUUCACGUCGCGCAAGGUGCCCUACUGCGCCAAGUUCAACCCGGACGAGGACAAGCAGCAUCUGUUCGUCGCCGGCACCUCGGACAAGAAGAUCAUAUGCUGGGACAUCCGCAGUGGCGAGAUCGUGCAGGAGUACGACCGCCACCUGGGUGCAGUCAACACCAUCACGUUCGUGGACGACAACCGCCGCUUCGUCUCCACCUCCGACGACAAGAGCUUGCGGGUCUGGGAGUGGGACAUCCCCGUAGAUAUGAAGUAUAUAGCCGAUCCGUCCAUGCACUCGCUGCCCGCGGUGACCGCAGCACCCAAUGGCAAGUGGUUGGCGUGCCAGUCCAUGGACAACAAGGUGGUGGUGUUCAGUGCGCUCAACCGGUUCAAGCUCAACCGCAAGAAGACCUUCGCGGGACAUAUGGUGGCCGGCUACGCCUGUGCCGUCGACUUCUCACCGGACAUGAGUUACCUCGUGUCGGGGGAUGCAGACGGUAAGUGCUACAUAUGGGAUUGGAAGACGACGAAACUUUACAAGAAAUGGAAGGCGCACGACGGCGUGUGCAUCACCUCCCUGUGGCACCCGCACGAGCCCAGCAGACUGCUGACCGCGGGCUGGGACGGCGUUAUCAAGUACUGGGACUAAGUUAACUGAUAGGCGUAUUGGUCAGAGCGCAUCUUUACCGAGAUUCGGGAUAUCGAAUCCUACACCCCUAGUACCGAUUUUUACUCUGUAUUUAUUAACAACUUCAAAAAAAUGAGGAUUUGUAUCCAUUCGAUCCGUACGUAUGUAUGUACGUCUGCGAUUAUCUCAAAAACCAAUGAACCAAUUUUGAUAACUUAUAUUUGAGUAUCUCAUAAUAAAGAGGUAUUAUGAUGUGUAUAACAGGAGUGAGAGCAGUAGACUUGGAGAUAUAUUAUGUACCUAUGUAAUGUACAGAUGUACAGGAAAUAAAUGAUACAAACAAGUAAAUGA